AUGGCACGGAAAGAAGAGAUCUUAGGGCUAGCCCAGGCCCGGACUGGCUCCGUCCUGGGUGGUCGGCUAGAUCUAAGUGGUAAGGUCGCUAUACUUGACUUUUUUACGUUUUGUUGCAUAAACUGCAUUCAUGUGCUGCCGUAUCUGAAGGAGGUUGAAGAUAAAAUGGACCCCAGUUUUGUAGUUAUUGGAGUGCAUUCUCCUAAGUUUCCUAAUGAAAAAGAGCUUAACAGUGUAACAGAAGCUGUUCGGAGAAACAAAAUUACUCACCCUGUUUUGAAUGAUCCUGAAAGUAUCUUGUGGAGAAGAUUGGGUGUUAGUUGUUGGCCUACUGUUGUUAUCAUAGGUCCUUCUCAUGAAAUUCUCUUUGCUUUGGUUGGCGAGUCACAAAUUGACAAAAUAUCUUUUCUCUAUGAUUGCUUAUUGGAGUAUUACAAGAUUCGACAGAUAACUUUGAAUUUGAUUCCUUUUCCCACAUGUACUCUUCAGGAGCCCAAAACAAAAUUGCUCUAUCCAGGAAAUGUUUCUUCACAUGAGGAGUUGAUAGUUAUAUCCGAUUCUGGCCAUAAUCGAUUACUAAUAUUGGAAGAAAAUGGACAACUGAAAUUUACUAUAGGUACUGGUGAAAAAGGUGACAAAGAUGGCUCAUUUAAAUCAUCUUCAUUUGAUAAUCCCCAUGGUACAACUUUCUUCAAAAACAACAUUUAUGUUGCUGAUACUGGAAACCACAGCAUUCGAAAGAUAGAUUUAGAAAAGAAAUUGGUUUAUACUGUUUAUAAAGAACCGGUGAUUCAUGAGGACAAUGAAAAUAAUUCACAUUUUCUUUCUCCUUGGGACAUUUGUGUUGGACCUAGAGUUGGAUCUGACUUGAUAGAAUUAAAUACACUCUAUAUCGCAGUUGCAGGUUCUCAUCAAAUUUGGGCUAUGCAUUUUGAAAAUGCAGAUUUGUCCAGUUGUGAGGAGUAGGUACAAUAUUUUCUGAAACCAAAAUGUGUGGUGUUUGCUGGAAAUGGCAAAGAAGAAAAUCGGAACAAUGCUUAUAGAUUACGAGCUGGUUUCGCCCAACCCUCUGGUAUUUCAUACUCACAGAAGAACCCUGGCUUUUUAUUUGUUGCUGACAGUGAGAGUUCAACUAUUCGCUCAAUUUCUUUAACUAAUGGUGCUGUGAAGACAGUUGUUGGAGGCAGUAUUAAUCCAUUAGAUCUUUUUCAAUUUGGAGAUGUUGAUGGUAAAGGAAACAAUGCUAAGUUACAGCAUCCUAUGAGUGUGUGUUCUCUUAAACAAGGUGUUCUUCUGAUUACAGAUACAUAUAAUCAUAAGGUUAAACAGGUUGAACUUGAAAGUCGAACAUGCAGCACUUUGACUGAAAUUGCAGUUAGCAACAAUAACAAAGUUAAUGAAAAUGGUCAACCAUUAUUUAGUGAACCAAGUGGAAUAUGCACUACCAAAGAUGGAAAAGUUAUUGUUGCCGACACCAAUAACCACUGCUUGAAAUUGCUUGAUGUUGACUUGAAUAUUAUAAAUGAGGUGAUGGUUUAA